AUGCUGGACAUGGAUCAUCUUGUCAAAAAUCAUCUCGCACUUUGGGAUAAGACAUAUAGAGAGACCCCAGGAUAUAUUCAGACUUUGAAACCCCAGCGCCACCACACAUCGAUAUGUUACAACUGGCCUCUGUGUUUCAUGACACUCUCAUUCGGUUUAUUCUUCCACAGUAUUUUACGAUUCUUUGCUCAAGAGAUCAGUUGGCUACUGUCAACCUGUUACCCUGAAACUAUCCAACGUGUCUUUGUGGGUUUUGACCCACUUUAUUAUCCUUUGAAAUGGUUCACGGACUCAGAUCGUAGGAGGAUUGCACUGCUAGUUGAUAGCAAAGCAAGGUCUAGAAGAAGUGAAAAUAUUGCAACACUUGAUUCAGAUGAGUAA